CUCUUUCACCAACCCAAAACCAAAAGCCCCUCCAUUGUUUCACUCUCACCUCUCUCUCUCUCUCUCUCUCUCUCUCUCUCUCCCCUUUUUCUUCGUCUUCUUGGUCUCUGUUGGAGCUCUGAGACCCAUCAAUGGAGGUGUCGCAGAGCCACCAUGAAAGUGCCAGCCCGACGUCGCUGCUCCCAUCCCCGACCAGCCACAGCUCCACCAGCAGCUCCAGCACCACCACCACCACCACCAACACAGCCCCUGGCAACCCUAACCCUAACGGCCCGCCCAACCAGAACGGCCACCCACAGCAGUGCUCCCCUCGCCCCGUGACCCGAUCCGAACCCGCCAACCCGUACCCGACCACCUUUGUCCAGGCUGACACCUCCUCCUUCAAGCAGGUCGUCCAGAUGCUCACCGGGUCCUCCAAACCCGACCAACCGUCGCCGCCAACGCAGCAGCUGCAGCAGCAGCCGCCCGCCAAGCACCACCACCACAGCAUCCCGCCCAUCAAGACCAUCCCCAAGAAAUCCGGAUCCGGGUCCGGAUUCAAGCUCUACGAGCGGCGGAAUUCCCUCAAGAGCCUCAAGAUCAACCCGCUGGGGCCCUUCCCGGGCCAGCUGGGAUCGGGCGCGUCGCCCCGUAACCCCGAGAUCCUCUCUCCGAGCAUUCUCGACUUCCCCGCCCUCGUGCUCAGCCCGGUAACGCCUCUGACCCACGACCCGUUCGCCCGAUCGCCGAGGCCUCCGUACGAUAGCCUCGCCGAGAGCCCGAGUUUGGACCCCGAGGCGGAGGAGAAGGCGAUACGAGAAAAGGGGUUCUUCUUGCACCCUUCGCCCGCCUCCACCCCUCGGGAUCCCGAGCCCCGGCUGCUGCCCCUGUUCCCGCUCUCGUCGCCGAGAGUUUCGGGGUCUUCCCCUUCUAAUUAGAAUGAGUUGUGUGCUCGGUUCAGGUAAAUAAUAUUACUAUUAAUUAAUUAUCAAGAAAAAGAAGCUCUAAUUUUUGUAAGGAUUUUUCCAAUUAUUGUUGUUGUUGUUGCUGUUGCUCCUGCUGCUGCUGUUUGCUGCUCGUGAUUAGCGAUGAUUGAUGAUGAGGAAGAGAGUGAGAGGUGGGAUUUGUAAUGUGGGGAAUGCUUGAAAUCAAGAAAUGAGAAAAUAGAAAAAAAUCAUUGCUUCAAUUGAA